AUGCAUCUGGAUACAUUAAAAUGCGAUUCGUCCCGCAGCCAGAGAUUUAUCACGACGAGGCAGGUGGCUCGGAGACGCACUGGUUGCCUAGGGCCUACUGUGAUGUCGCCUAUGCCACACAUGCGCUCCCCGAAUGCGUCACGCCCGAUGACGAAAGUGGUUUUUAUUACCACGAUCAUGCGACUACCUUUACUGUGGGUAGACAUUAACACAUUGCGCGGGGACGUAGACGACUGGCUCACCGUUACUAAACAUAAUGGUGAGCGUAUCAACGAGGCGAAGUAUGUAGAGGAUAUAAUGGACGAGACCGUUAAGUUUAUGUCUGAGGAGUUUACAAUGCCGGAGAAACUGCCGACCAUGGAGCAGUGGGUCGCGAGUGGCGUCUGGAUGAGGGGAAAGGCGGGCACAGGGCGUAAUACGCUAAUAAGGGUCGAGGGAAAAGAGAAGAGAACCAGGAGGUACAAGGGCGUAGAUGCAGCACUAAAGAGCGACAGAGAAAUAGAGCAUGAACUGCGCGAGGCCCGUCGUGAAAACAUGAAGAUAAUGCAGACGAGCGAAGGUGGGAAGGUAAGACCGGUAGUGGUGGGGGGGAAUGAGCUGUACCGCAAGAUGGAUUUCUUGUCGGGACUUGUUGAGGUAGGACUAUAUGGCUCAAGAACGAGCACACUGUUUGCGGGGGCCGCGGGCAAUGAAGCUAUAGACAGGGAAUGGCUGGCGAAGGUACGUAACGGGUGUACGCUCAAAGUCCCGCUUGACCAAUCUAGUUUUGACAACAACCAGUCCAAGAGUACGAUACUGGCUGUACUACUCGGGAUGGAACACCACACCAUGGGACACGCGGGUGUACCUGACGAAUACAGGGAGGUUUGGGGUCGGAUGUGGGACACGUUCACAACUGCGGGGGUGGAAGUCAUUAUGGGCAACGACCAUCGCACUUGGGAAAAUGGAGUCCCGUCGGGCUGGCGCUGGACAGCGCUCAUAGACACCAUCCUCAACAUUGUCAGUUUCCGGGUAGCCAUACGCUAUUGCUUGCAAUACUACGGCGUGGCAGUGCCGGUAGGGAAAUGUACAAUGCAGGGUGAUGACGUGAUUUUCACGACAGUGUCUGUGAGGGCAGUCGAGGCCCUACUUACCAUGUAUCUUACUUUGGGAUAUAAGAUGUACAUAAAAGACGCAGUGCAGGCCGGGAUAGAUGAAAGAACAGCAUCAGCCUUCGCACUGACCGACGCUACAUAUGGUGGGGCAGGACUAGAAAUACACGAGGGACACAUGGGCAACUACCUCAUUAAGACGUACGGUAACAGACAGCCCUGGAUUAGGCCGCGAAUACAGAAGCCACCCUUAAAGGUGCGUCCUACAUUGGGUCGGUGGAAAGAGAGAUUGGAGAACCUUGACAUAGACUUCACGGGAGGAUAUCGUGAACAGUUCUCCAAACUGCUGGCCAUAACGUGGGGCCUGCGCGAGGCGGAUAUCACAGGCAAGGUGUAA